CGCUGACCUAGCAUCAGAGGGGUGUGUUACCUCAAUCUCGACAGGCAGUCCGUUCGUAAAUCUCCCGGACGUAACAGAGAUAAAGGGUUGGAGAGAUUAUGGAUCACUGGAUGCAUCUCAGUGGGAAAGACACAGAGCAACUAUUAAGGAGUUAUACAUCGAUAAAGGGAAAACGCUGAAGGAUGUUACAGAGAUCAUGCAUCGAGAUUAUGGUUUUAAUGCAACCAUCAAGAUGUACAAAAUUCGAUUGAACAAGUGGGGAUACUUCAAAAACGGUCGAAAAGGCGAUGCCAAGUUAGUAUCGCACACAAAGAGACGAAAACAAGUUGUAAGCAACCUUGUAGGAAGAGCUUUCGGCGAUACGCAACCUAUUGCCUUCAUCUGUGGUACUACACGCCAGACACUGUCCCCUAAGCCUGUCGCACUCCGGGAUCCAGAUGUGUAUGGGGUGCCAAGUCACAUUUUCUCUUCAAUCAGUGCCUAUAUGUGGGGUUCUUAUGAGAGCCAAAGAUGGACAGUCUCUGAGUUUGCAUGCGCUACCUUCUACGAAAACGCCUAUUUUCGGCCUUCUGCAGAGCUGAUAAACUCAAUUGUGUCGCUUACAAACCUUCUCCAGGAACAAAAGUACCAUCAAGCAGGACCUGUGAUGCGGCGGGCAGCUAUACAGAUGGAAAAUGUUUUGCGAGACCAGCCUUUGGACCUCCUCACCUGUCUUUUAGAGAUUGCACUCCGACUUCACUCAACGGCUCCCAAGUUAGCGGUGUUGCUUAUGCGACAUUCCGCAGACAUAGCGAAAAUCUACUUCUCAUCUCCCAAACACCCUGUACGGGUUUUCACACAGCAGCUGGCCAGCCUUGAUAGUGCCGAGCUCGGCGCCCUGGCAGUAGAGGCAUACGCAUGCCAACUGAAGAUCUGGCAGAAUGUCAGGGACAGCAACCCCCGCAACGUUGGCGACAGUCAAGCAGCAGGUUUUGUGUGGAUAACAGGCUUGGCGCUAGCUGGCGAUUUCGAUGAGCUCCCAUCAAGCCUAGUCCCGCGCUUGGAUGACCUGAUGCUGCGAGUAGUCGAGGCCAUGAAAGACUCGGAAUGGUGUACGGAACUACUUCAGUCUCUUGCAGAGAGCGAUCAAAUCCAACUAUUUAUCGGCCAGUCAGAGGGAAACCUCUUGGGAGUGUCCCUGCAGUCGCCCGGCAAACCAACUAAGGUAACCUGUGCUCAGCCUGUCGCUCGCUACAGCCUAGCCCAUCUAAAUGCCCGAUACCGGCCUUUUACAGUCGAAGAUCGGUCUGGGCGCGAGACUAUGGAAAUACAAGGGCUACUUCAGACGGAAAUGGGGUCAUUCUUCAUGGGGAUGGCUAGUGCCCUUGAGGGAUGGCUCAAGGACGUCGGAGAAUACAACAAAGCGGCUGCAGUCGCACAAUAUCGUGAAAAGUUUUUAGCCGCUGGAUUAGCCGAUGUCAUUUCAGUUAUUUAAACUUCCUUAUACCGGAGACAUACAGGUAUUUCAUUAUGGGGAAACAAUUAGGCAGUGGCAUUGCACCAACUCCGUUCCCAUUUUCCCCCAUGUUUACUCCAAUAAUGGCCUUGCAUCAAUUUAAUUGUUUAUAUAGCGGUGCUGGAAAACCCCUUUGAAGCAGUAACUCCUAACUUAUAAGCGCAUAAUUCACUUUUCAUUGAACUUUACUAUAACUUGACGGCAGAAUGAGGAACAUGGGGUUAGAUAUAGCCCAAGAAAGCUAUGCCUUGCCUUGCUAACUAUAGAUUGCUUGAUAAUACGCUUGGCAUAACUUCAAAUAGUACAGACUAUAAUUUCAAGAUUGCCUAAUGAGAUAAUU